AUGUCACUCGUUGCAGGACCUGGGGUAGGAGGAGCACACUCAGUCUUGCCAACAGACCUCUGCCUGGUGGUGGAAAAGCAUGUCAAAUACAUCCAACUCCUGGACACUCGAAAAGAUGAGCUCGACUACUGGUUGACCGAACAUCUCAGAUUGAAUGGGGUAUACUGGGGUCUGACUGCACUUCAUCUCCUGGGCCACCCUGAUGCUUUACCUCGUGAUGAAACCUUGCAGUUCGUCUUCGCCUGUCAAAAUCCGGAUGGGGGUUUUGGCGCUGCUCCUGGCCAUGAUUCCCAUAUGUUGUACACCGUCAGCGCGGUGCAGAUACUUGCCACAAUCAAUGCGCUGGACGAGCUGGAAGAACCGGAAAGAGGAGGAAAGGAACGGACAGCAAAAUAUAUUGCAAACCUUCAGAACUCCGACACGGGUACUUUUGCCGGAGACGAGUGGGGUGAGACAGACACGCGCUUCCUAUACUGUGCCUUUAACGCCCUGUCCAUCCUAGACAUGAUGCACCUCGUGGAUGUGGACAAGGCUGUCGCCCACAUUGGGGCCUGUGCAAAUUUUGAUGGAGGGUUCGGCCGCUCGCCAGGCGCCGAGUCGCAUUCCGGCCAGAUCUUCACUUGCCUUGGGGCGUUGACCAUUGCUCGCCGUCUGGAUAUUGUGGACCAGGAUCGGCUUGCGGCCUGGUUAAGUGAAAGACAACUUCCCAAUGGGGGGCUGAACGGCCGUCCGGAAAAACUUGAAGAUGUCUGCUAUAGCUGGUGGGUUCUGAGCAGCAUUGCAAUGUUGGGGAAACUGCACUGGAUCGAUGCUACAGAAUUGACUCAGUUUAUUCUGAGAUGUCAAGACGUCGACCAUGGGGGGUUUGCAGACAGACCUGGCGAUAUGGUGGAUGUGUUCCAUACAGUGUUCGGCCUGGCAGGAUUGAGCUUGCUGGGCUGUCCGGGCCUCGUCGAGGUCGACCCCGUCUAUUCCAAAGGACACCUAUCCGAGUUUCACAAACUCCAGGUACGGAGCUACCAGGAUAUUGCCGCCGGGGUGGAACUGGCCACGUACAGCCACUGGUAUCAGCAGCAUGAUAUCGACCGACUGCUCUCGGAGAGAAUGCAAAUGAAGGAGAAUAAACAAGCUAAAAAGAGGAGAGUUUCUGUUGCUGCACGGAACGCUUGCGGACCACAGCCAGGAUUCUUUGACAAUGCACAGUUAAAUCCACCUCUACCUCCAAGACGUCAAGGGAGACCAAAAAAUCAGGCUCAAACCCAGACCCAGACUCAGAACCAACCCCAGAGGAGAAGCACUCGAGGUAAACAAGCAAGACGAGCGGUCGAUGAUACGGAUUCGGAUUUCAGCCCGGUCAAACCUUCCAGGCAGGUUCCUGCCCAGCAAAUACGCAAGGCAAGUCGACCUCAAGCCUACUCUCCUGUCAAGCGGUCUCUGUCCCCUGACGAUCCCUUCCGCGAUGACUGUCCACUUGAAGACGAUCGGCCAGGUCGGAUUCUCGCCACACCAGAGCAUAUGAAGCUGAAGGGAACCGUUUGGCCAGGUAUGGACCUCUUCGAUGCCGCCACACAGGAGAUGCAGCAGAAAAGAAAUCAGAAGAAGGAUGCCUCCGUCUUGAGACGUAUGGAGAAACUUGCUGCCUUGGUUGAGCCCACCGAGGUCGUGUAUUCGCCUCGCGGCACCAAUAUCCUGAAAGCGAGACACAUUGAUGACCUUGAGGAUGAAAGCAGUUUGGUGGAAGGAGAGACUCCCAUUCCAAAAGCCAAACAACCUCUUCGACCCCGCAAGCGAAGACCACUCGCAGAGAAAGACGCUAAUGCUCCUCGCUUGGUGAAACGCAAGGUCAAAACCGGUGUCCCAAAGAGAUAUGCUGAUCUCCCGUUCGCUCAGGGCCUACCUCCCCUUCCAUACCUGCCCAGUUCAUCCACUGGUGAAUCUUAUGGGUUAGGUUCUCGCUAUCUCCCGACGGAAGAUGAUGAGGAGGAUGUCAAACCGCCCGUUCAGGCAUUCGCGUCUCGCAAACGGCCACCUCCGUUCGAGGUCUUCGCCGACGGAAGCCCAACCUAUCAUGGAAGCAUGUCAAGGAACGGAAAUCGAAACCCUCUUCAACCUGGACCUCGAGGCUACGCUAAUGCCGCCUUCCAGCAAUUGCCCAAGGUUUCCACAUCCUGGCUUCAACCACAGUAUCAAUCGGCUCUACAAUUGACUGACCCUUAUACAUCCUACCGACCUGUAGUCCAAGAGUAUCAGGCAUUCUAUGAAACACAAUUUGAACAUGAGAAUAUGCUCCCGUUGGCUGCCUCUUCAGUCGGCUUCCGCGGAGGUGCAAACCCUCUGGCUUGGAAAUCUCCCAUCCGACCGCCGACCGACUCUGGACUCCCUCCAUCCGACUCUCCUCUUGGCAAUUUCUUUUCCCUGUUUCCGGGCGGAUCACCAGGCGAAGACCCCUUUGUGACGACCAAGAAUCCUCUGGCAGCGGCGUUGCCACACUUGGAAAGCGAGCAACAACAUGUUCUGGCCAAGGAGAAGUCGAUGCCACUGGCAAGCGCGGGGGCUUCAAAUGGCACCGAAGUCUAG